CCUGCUGCUCGCCCGCCCGAGUGCCCGCACUCCUUUUUUCUCGCUUCCACCCGGCCAGGCUUCGCCUCUGCCCGGCCGCAUACACCCAGACGGACCCCGCCGAAUCCCCGGGACACACGGGAGGGCACACAAAAAAAAAAAAGCCGCGGGUGGGGGACACAACUGGACAACAACUCUUGAGAGGAUCAUCAAGCGGGCGCAUUGCAGCAUCUCGGUCCCCCACCACGCGUCGAAAUCUUCAUUUUUAGUGUUUAAAGGUCCCGCAGCAACAUUUUAAUCCGAAAAGGGAGUUUAACUCACCGGGGUAGAAGAUGUAAAUUGUCCGCGUGUGCUAAGAUUGAGCUGGACAUUCAUUCAGCGGUACCGUUAGCUCGUCUCUGUGGAGACCACACUUUUUCUCUUUUCUUUUUGCCGAGCCAAAUUCCACACUUAUCCGCGGGAAGAAAGAAGACGAGAAAAACAACAAGAUGCUGUCGGAGCUGAGUGAGUGGUUCUGGCAGGAGCGGCUGUGGUUUCCAGAAGGCCUGGGCUGGGCAGACCUAGAGGACCGGGACGGCCGAGUGUAUGCCAAAGCAACAGAUCUGUGGGUGGCCCUGCCCAUCGCCCUAUUAUUCCUAAUUGUCCGUCAGGUCUUUGAAAGGACGGUGGCGACGCCUCUGGCCUCUUUACUCGGGGUAAAAGAAACAGUACGGCUCAGGGUGCCUAAUAACCCCACACUGGAGUCCUAUUACUGUAAUGUUUCCAAAAAUCCCACACAGGUUUCAGUAGUGAGUCUUUGCAAGCAGACGGGUUCCUCAGAAAGACAAGUGCAACGAUGGUUUAGAAGACGGAGAAAUCAGGACAGGCCGAGUUUACUGAAAAAGUUUCGAGAGGCCAGUUGGCGAUUUACUUUUUACCUUCUUGCUUUUAUUGCUGGCCUGGCAGCCCUCAUUGACAAACCUUGGCUCUAUGACGUGCAGGAGAUGUGGCAAGGCUUUCCUGUGCUGACUCUGCUACCAUCUCAGUACUGGUACUACAUGAUCGAACUGGGUUUCUACGGCUCCCUACUCUUCAGCGUGGCCUCCGAUGUCAAACGCAAAGACUUCAAGGAACAAAUAGUCCACCAUGUUGCAACUAUCCUCCUCAUCAGCUUCUCUUGGUGUGUCAACUACAUCCGUGCUGGAACACUCAUCAUGCUGGUGCAUGACUCCUCCGAUUACCUCCUUGAGUCUGCCAAGAUGUUCAACUAUGCUGGCUGGCGAAAUGCGUGCAACUACAUCUUCAUCGUAUUCGCCGCAGUCUUCAUCGUCACUCGCCUCGUCAUCUUCCCCUUCCGAAUUAUCUACUGUACAUGGGUGUAUCCAGUAACCAUCUACGAGCCCUUUUUUGGCUACUACUUCUUCAACGGCCUUUUGAUGGUGCUGCAGUGUCUUCACAUCUUCUGGGCCAUUCUCAUCAUAAGGAUAGCUGUCCGCUUCCUCACACACAAUGAAAAAGUGGAUGAUGAAAGGAGUGACAAGGACGAGACAGACGAUUCCGAAGAGGAGGAGGAAGAGGAGGACAUUAAAAAGGUCACCAAGAAAAAUGGGCCGCUGCAGAACGGUCACGUAGUGCACAAUAACAACCACAGCAAAGUGGAAUGACAGGAAGGACGUGCAUGUCACAAGGACUCGUAUACCUCGGCGGGGCAAGAGAUGCAAAUUGGAUGUCUUUGCACACAGAGAAAACACAUACCUUCAUUUGUACAAACCCAAAAGAACACUACAGGAAGUGGCACGGCUUCUUUUUGCUUUGUCAUCCAAGUCCGCCUGAUCGUGACACGUCGUCGCUCAAGACAGGGAAGAAACUGGAGAGUAGAAAGGAGGCGAGCGCCGAUCGAACGUCCUCUGUAGCUUUCCUCGCUCUAACCGUGUGCCUUAGAGCCAGAUAACGGCUUCUUUCAAAAACGCCAUUUUAAAACUCGAUGCUUUAAUUGUGUUGUCGCUUUGUGCUUGGACGAAAGAACAAAUCCACACGGGCAUUUUCUUUCCGAAAUUAUGUCUAUGCAACAAGCUAUUGCAAUGCCUUUGCACAGCCCCACAUUUCCUUUUAUUUCUUUUUCAUGAUUGACUUAGUGUCGCACACUUUCAAUGUAGCUUGUGCCAUUCAGAAAGGGGACUUCACAUCUAAUUCCUUUAAGCAGCAAGAAAAUAGGAUGCCAUUGAUAGCGAUAUCUGACCUAAUAAUAGAAAAACCACAGCUCUGUUCUCCUUUGACAGAUUUGAAUGUGUCUCUUGUGCUUUUGCCCCGUUUACUGGAAUAAGUGGAAUUUUCCUCACGUUGAAGACCACUGCCUAAUUGCGCCGGGUGAUGAUCCAUAUGAACCCAGGCCGGAAUUUUAUAUAUGAAAAGAGGUAAAAGUGUGAUAUUGGACUUAAUAAGGAGGUUAUCACAAAGUGUUAUGCUUUAAUGUUUCUUUUUCCUGUGUCAAGUGCCUUAUUUGUAAUUUAUGGGACAUUCCCUUUCAUCUCUGCUUGUCCUGUUUCUUCUUCUCUGUUUUACACAUCACAGGCAUGUCCUCCCUCAUCGCUCACUUUUCUCCUCCACAUACAGUAUCUUUCACUCUACCGCCACCUAGUACCUUUUCUCCCUUUUCAACUAACCUCGACCAAUCAACCAGCAAGUUUUUUUUCUUCCUCCAGUGAUGCAAACGCAACAGCUGGGUCCAGGUUACAGUGUUUUUUUGUUUUGUUUUUUUUAAUGACGCCGAAGUAUUGUUAUUAAUAAUAAAAGCAAACGAUCAUGAAUCAUAACAAAAGUCUC